AGCUCGUUGGCAGCAGUGAUCACGGUAAAGUUGUUUUGGUUUGUGUUGGGACCCUAUAUAAAAAUAUAUUAUCCAACUACUAUAUUUACAACAUAAAACCUUUAAAAACAUAAAUACAUGUUAACUUACCCAGCACAUAAUAAUGCUUUACUGUUAACCAUAAUUCUUACAAAAAACCACCACCAGUAUAUUCCUUAAAACAUUUCUUUAUUGUGAGUGUGUAAAGUGGCUAUUGUAAAGCAAUGGGUGGUUGUCGGUGCUCUUAUAAGUCCUGCUUGAACACCACUAAACUCGCAGACAACAUCCACUUCUUCCAUUUCCCAGUAAACAACAGGGAACGGUGCAUUACUUGGAUAGAGAACUCGGGGAAACCGAACUUUUAUGACUUAGAAGAAGAUCAGCUUCGCAACAAAGUUAUUUGUGAAGUUCAUUUUGAGGAAAAGUAUUUCACAAACAAUCAAAGAAGGAGACUUGCAUUGUCCGCAAUACCAACCCUUGACGGAGACUAUAUGGAACAACCAACAUCUCCAAUGGAGCCUGAUCCAGCUCCAGUUUACACACCUUCAAAUCAGUAUAAUGAUGUGAGAGUUAUACCAGCCAAUGAUGAUGGCACAGUUUUUGUAUUGGACACUGAAAAUAUGUUCACCAUUUCACCCAAAAUUGAGUCUUAUAUUAUUAAAAAUGGGGUCUUAGUUAAAACAAACUCUGCCCAACCUACUCGUAACACACAAGGGAAACCUGCUAAGCCCCCAACAUCAAAUCGAUUUACAAAAGUUUCUGGUAAUUCAUGCAUUUUAACUGCAGCAGAGAAAGAAAUCGCUAAUAUAAACACCCCUCCUGGACCAACAAAAACUGUUAAACCAACUGUAGUGCAACCAAGUAGUUCUAGUAUGGAAGUUGUUCCCAUUGAUAAUGAGGAACAAGAAAGCGUUGAAGUAGUAUAUGAAAAUGGUUCAAGUGAACCACAGAAACCAGAAGUUGUUACACCAUCAGCACCAAAACCUGGAGUAAAUAAAAACUAUUUAAAGAAAAUCAAGCAGCACAGUCGAGACAUCGCUAGCAUCAAAAGAAUGUUAAAGGAAAAGAUAAUGGAGCCACCCAAACCAGAUAUUAAGACUAUUUUGAGUGAGCUGCAACCACAAAUACCUGCAAGCUUAUUUACUAUUAUUAGUUUAAUUUUGGGCGAGAAAAACGAGUUAGAUGAGGAGGAUAUUGAAUUUUUUACAACUUUUCAUAGAGGGUCACCUGAAACCUAUCAAAUGCUCUCUCUGAAGUAUAAGUGGAACCUACCGAGUGUUGAUAUUGUAGAAACUUCUGAAUAGUUAAUUGUGUUUUAUGCAUAAUAUUGUAACAUUUGUUUUAAUCUUAACACUUCUUUUUUAUUUAUUCAGACUUUAUAAUGAUUAUGUAUUAUGAAUAAAUUAUAGUGUUUUUCACAAGAA